UAGCUGUCUUUGACAGACGCACAGUGCGAGGUGCGAGAUAAUAGUUCGUACAUCCAUCAUCCUGCGUGCGUGCUCUGAUACUUGUGAAUGUGUGUGGGUGAAUUGACUCGCGUCAAGUGCCAGUAGAACGUUUAGCCUUUAUACCCAUUUAGAAAGGUUUGAUUUACAAAGGUAUGGAAUCUGCGAGAAAGCAAGUUUUGAAUGAAGACAAAAGAAGAGGUAAAAAACGUCACUUGCGUCUGAAUGCAGUUCGAAAGAAAAGGAAAUGGAACAAAGGGAAAGUUUUACGUUUAGUUGACGGCAGGCUGCGUUACGUGAAAAACCAUGAAACAAGGUUUUCCAACUAUACUUCACAUGAGUCUUUCAGUACAUCCAAACACGCGGGGAAUAUAGAAAAUGCUGUUGAAAGGAAAACCCAGACAGACAGUGAGACUUGCUACAUAACGUUGUCUCCAGCAAGGUGUUCCACCUCUCCCGGCGAUACUGCUUCACAUUAUCAAGUAGACAUCGAUGGAGCAGGUUGUUCGUUUUGGACAAACGAAAUAUUGGCGACACCGCAGAAAGUCACAACUACUGAUUAUCCUACAGAAGAAUAUGAUGUUACUGGAAUAUUUUCAGACACGGAACAAGAGUCAAAAUCGGUCACAAGUGACUACGCUCAGCUUCUUGAAGGCGUGGAGAAACUUUCGUCACCAGCAUCUUCACCCGAACAAACCUCUCCUAAAAAAACUUUCAGCUCUGAAUCAUCAACCUUUCCGAUACAAGGCCGUCGACUGUUUGAUGUUGACUUUCUAUUCAAAGAAAUGUCGCGCAUCAGCCAACAUAACAAAGUGUUUCAGUGUUCGUUUGAAAAUAUGCGAUUAAUAAAAGAACAUAAAAAUGGAAUGAUAAGUAAAUUUGAUUUCAAGUGUAAUAUGUGUGGUACUGUUGAAUCUAUUUUCUCGGAGGACCCCCAAACAAAUAAAGUCAACUGUAACAUGGCAUGGGUGAACAGUAUGUUGUUAACGGGCCAAAGUUUUACACAGUUACAAGACAUAACUUCAACUUUGGAAAUGCCUUGCAUGGCCAAGGAGACUUUCAACAAAUGUCAAAAAUCCCUAUCUUCUGUUAUACACGAUGUCGCAUGUCAAAGUAUGGAAGCCGCUGGCAAAGAAGAAGCAAGAUUGGCAGUAGAAAAUGGCAGUGUGGAUGUCGACGGAGUUCCUCUCAUAGCAGUUGUCACUGAUGGAGCUUGGUGUAAACGAUCGUAUGGAAACAAAUAUGAUGCUCUUUCUGGGGUGGCUUGCAUAGUAGGAAAAGAAACAAAAAAAGUUAUCUUCGCAAGCACUAGGAAUCGAUACUGCUGCAUAUGUUCACGAGCAAACAGUAAAAAUGAGACGCCAAAGGACCACGUCUGUUUCAAAAAUUGGAACAAGUCUUCAAAUGCCAUGGAAUCUGACAUCAUAGUGGAAGGUUUCAAAUGCAGUGUUUCCACGCAUAACCUGAAAUAUCAUCAGCUGAUUGGUGAGUCACAAGGUGAUCAGUUAAUUUCAGAUGUUAUUAAUUAUUAUGUAUUUGUGUCGAUAGUAUAUUUUCGAAAUAAUUUCAAUGCCGUGUGGUAUUUAAUGUUUUUAUUUCUGACGUCGCACGUUUCAUAUGUUUUCAUACAAUGCUGCAUAUUGUAACGAACUGAAAUGUAGCACUUUUGUAACAGCUACUUCCUAAAUAUACAGAAAGGUAUUAGCUCUACAAUGUUUAUAAAUGUAACCUCGCGAAGAGUAGGUACUAAAUAUUGUGAACUAUAUGAAAAUAGUUAGCCUCAGAGCAGUAACCGAGCGCUCUGAUAUGCCUACAAGAAGAACGUGCAUAUGUGGCCAUUUCGAGUUAAAAAUGAUUUGGUAGUUUUCUGUAGGUAUUUUUCAGUGAGCCAUUGUAUGUAAGUGAAGGCUCAGCCAUAUGGUCCAAAUUUUACAAUCACCAAAAUUGAAUGUACUAACCACAUACUGCGAAAUUACCUUCGAAGGAUACGUUGUAUUGCUCAAAAGACGAAAAACGAAAUUGGUUCCGUUUCUCCUGUUCUACGAAAGGCUGUAUCUGACAAACAACUCCGCCUUCGAGCUGCAGUCACCGGAGCUGUGCAGCAUAGGCGUGCUCAAAAAGAGUUUCCAAUUCACAGAAAAAUUGAGGAGUUAAAACUUGACAUUUACAAUGGUCCAUUUCACGUAUUUGGUGACCACUCAGGAUGCGCAAUUAGAGGUUAUUUCUGUAGCGGAUUGAAAGAAAACGAGGAAAACCUUGUACCGCCUCUUCAAGAGGCAGGUAUAUGGUCAGAAAUAAUAGCAGCUCGAAACAUUGUUGCACAUCAUGCUGUAAGCCUUUUACAUAAUGUCAAUACUAAUACAGCAGAGUCUUUCAAUAAUGUGGUUUGCAAGCAUGUUUCAAGUAAACGAGUAAACUUUUGUUUGAGUGGUGGCUACCAAACAAGAAGCGAGCUCUCUGUAAUUUCUUUUAAUUCAGGUCCUCAAACACAGUCCUUUAUCCAUAAAGGUUUAACAAACAGUAGUCCUGGAAACAUCACUAAAGCUCACAUACAGCGCAAGGAACGUUCAUCAGAGAAAAGAAAGCUCAGGAGGCUGACAAACCCACAAACAUUUAAGCGCAGAAAGUUGUAUGUGACAGGUCCUGACAAGGAUUAUGGCUGUGUAGAACAACGCAUACCUGACAUGGAACCAGACGAAUAUGCAAGACAGACACAGGAAUUUCUCGCUAGUCUUUGUAAAACGGAUGAAGAACGAGAAAAUCUACAAAUCGCUACCAAAGGGCAAAAUGAUUCUGUUCUCUGGAAAUCAGAAAGAAUCAAGCGACUGACAGCAUCAAAUUUCGGUAGAAUCUGUAACAUGAAGAAAGCCACUAAGCGAGCAAAAUCCGUUGUCAAUAUAUUGUACAGUAGGUUUUCAGGGACGGAGGCCACAAGGUAUGGAUUGGAAAAUGAGCAUAGCGCCAUUCAGGAUUUUGAAGUGAACUUUGGUAAGAAGGUGGCUCGCUGUGGCUUAUUCGUCGAUAAGGAACACCCAUGGUUGGCAGCAACACCUGACGGUCUUGUUGGAGAUGAUGGUAUCCUUGAAGUAAAAUGUCCUGCCGUAGCUGCCAGAAUGUCUCCACAAGAAGCAGUGGAACAGAAAAAAGUAACAUUUUGUAACAUUGUGGAUGGUAAAAUGUUUCUGAAGAAAGGACAUGCUUACAUGUACCAAGUGCAGGGACAACUGCAUAUUACCAAUCGUAAGUACUGUUAUUUCGUCCUUUGGACACCACGUGGCUUACUAGUGCAACAAAUUGAAAGAGAGAACAGUUUCUGGAAAGAAAAAAUGAUCAACAAACUGACACAGUUUUACAUGACGUGCCUUCUACCGGAAAUAAUAGAUCCACGUUAUCCUAGGAAUAUGGAAAUCAGGGAACCUGAUAAUACACUGUAAACAAUUGAUGGACAAUAGCCUUACAUGUAAGCCAAAAUUACCACAAACAGUACAGGUAAAUUCCCAUUUUUAAAGAAGGAUAUUAAAAACAAAAAUGAUUUCAUAAAGAUUACAGUUAGGCCUAUAGAUUUUUGUUUUCUAGUCCAAUAAACAAUUGAAACAUAGAAAAUUGGCGUACUAGUUUGACGAAAGAUGUUUGAAAUGAUACAGUUAUACAGACAAGUGCCCAGUUGCCAGUUUCCGUGCCAACAGAAAAAAAAACCUUAUGUUUGUGUAUGCUGUGAAAUACUUAAAUCAAUAUAAUGUAACAGUGUAAUUGGCAUGCAGUGUCUUAUAACUUUGCACUUAGAUUAUAUUAUUAUGGGCCGUAUCUCAUUGUGAAUCGUUUUAAAAGAUAUACGUAAAAUGUUUGUUUCACUCUACAUGUUAUAUUGUGCGCUGAUAGUUUACUACUAGUAUCGAGCAGCUGUUUAUUUUUAUUUUUGGUUUUGAUGUAUUAACAUUAGUUUCAUUAUUUGUAUUUGCACCGUAUUAUUUAUCAAGAGUGUUCGAAACGAAAUAAUUUGUUAUACUGAAUCUGAAAUAGUUGUAUGAAUAUAUUUAUUUUUGUAUGUUUAAAUAUGUAAGGUGGGAUAUUUUUUUGUGUAAACAAUUAGUAUGUAUGUUCAGAGCUAUUGUAUUGUAGCUAUUGUCUCAACAGUUUCAAAACAUUAAGCCAGUUUUUUACCAUUUACUUAAGCUGAUUCAUGGUGACAACUGUCUUAUUUUGUGGUACAAAUUACAUAGAUGUAUAACCUGUAGUAAGAAUGAACAUAACAAUUCUCAUAGAUAUAAAAUGUAAAUAAAAUAUGUAAAUGUGGUAUUGUUGAAUGAGCAUUAGGUGUUGUGUGAAUAAUAUAUUUUGUUAUGAAUGUUGUAAUUUACAAGAAAGAUAUUUAUAUACAUAUGUUGUAAAAUAUACACAUAUCCAUACACACUUUGCAGCAAGUGAUUUCAUUACAUACCCUUCCAUUUUAUUUUGGCAUUUUGUAUACACUGCCAAAGGAAAAGUUUAAUUACGAUUUACUACCAAUCUGUACAAAGUGCCUACAAGAGGUUUACAUUUGUGGAUACAUGUGCCUCUGUAGUACAUUAUUAUUGUAAUAGUGAACGAAUAUUAAAUUCACACAUCUGGUACUUUAAAAUUAAGUAGGAAUAUGAAGAAAACAUACAUUAUAGUAUUUGUUACAUUAAGAAGGAUCACAAACACACAUGGUAUUACCCAUAUUAAAAUAAGAAUAAUAUAUAAAUACAUUAAGAUUAGAAACAUUACAGAGUUUACAUUACUUAAGACCGACGACAAUAAAUAGGGAUGUAGUACGUUGAGUAACAUUGUCAUAUAUUACAUGACAAAUUAAUCCUUUAGUACACUCACUAGGUCAUUGAAUAAUCUAAGACAAUCAUAAGAAUAAACUCAGGCAAUAUAGAAAGGCCUAUACGAGUACACAAACGAAUAAACAUUAGACUACUAGUUAACUUACAGUAGAACAAAAACUAAACAUGUCUUAAUUUUUUAUAAAAUAUUUCAUAAGUUUAUUUAUGACCCGCAGUGAAAUUUACAGUUUUUUUUGUCCUGAAAUAAAAUUGCAUUCGCUAUGUUCUUUCUAGACAUCGUUUUCCGCACUAUCUCUUAAAAAUUGUGAGCUGUAGCGCUAAGCAGCACACAGGCUGACGAACAUAUAAGAAUAAAUUUAGCCAAUCAGUGUACGCUAAUGCGUAGCAAGUUUAAUAGUUCAGUCGGUAAUAAUCUAAAUUAUUUGUUAUUAAAUGCAAUAGAAACAAAACGAUCUCAUUUGAUAGCAAAUGUAGAUAGUUGUUUUAAAGUACCACAAAUUUGAAACACCAUUUGUUAAUUCACAGCCAACCAUAUAAGGAGUGAGGCAAUCAUCGUUUACGUAACAUAUGAGAGGCUAAUAUUGAUAAUGGUGUAAGUCACUUAUAUUCCGAAGCACUAGUGUUACAUUAAAUAUGUUUCAUACGAAAGCCCCUCUAAAUUAUUUAAUAUUUAUUAACUUUCUCACAAUCAUUCAAGCACUUAGUUGGUUCUGUCUUUUAAAUAUCGUAACAAAUAAUUGUUUUGUUAAAAAUUGGUAAUGUGCCUUAUUCCACUAUCAUUCUAAGCCUUUCAUAUCAUUGCAUGCAGUUACGGCAUUCAUAAUAAAAGGCCACUUAUAUUUUCCGAGUUUGAAUAGGAAAAUAUAUCUUUAUUCGUUAACCAUUUUUACUAAAGCCUGUUCUACAGUGACACGGAACCGUAAGCAACGGAAACGCAUAACGGAAACUCAAACGCAAUCGCAAGAGUUGUGUUGCCAAUCUCAUGCCGAAGCGUUUCCGUGUCCGCUUGCGUCCACUGUUGCAAGUAUAUUAAAAUAUUCGUUUUUGUGCGUUCACUGUAGAACGGACCUAAUGAUUUAUAAGAACGGCUGAAAACAAUAGCGUCCGAAAUGAAAUAUGCUAGAUGUAUUUUACUGCAGAACAAUAAACGGCGAUUGUUUCAUCAGCUGCAAAAUAUUGCAUACAAACACAACUUUAAAAGCAACAGAGCAUUCGUUUAAUGGGUAAUAAUAAUUAUAUUAUAGUUUCUUCAUUUCAAAAGAAAGUAUCAUGGCAUAAAAAUAUCUUUCACGAUUCUCUGAAGUGUAAUCUGGCCUUAGUUCAGCGCGGAAAUCCUAAACAAUGACAUUCCGCCGCAUGCGCCAGCCAAGUGUCUCGAGGUGCCGGCUCGGUGCCGGGAAGCGGACACCACGUUCACUAUCUGCCUCGCGCCCUUUCCCCUGCCCCCGCACUCUCCCACCCAGGUGUCUGCUCGGCGGUCGGGUGGGGGAAGACACCAUCCCGCCUUUCGAGGGGCGGAAAGCCAUGGCGAGUAGUUCCAGCGUCUGCCGCGAUUCCUGCACGAAGAUGAGCCCGUCCAAGCGCGCGAAGUGAUUUUCCCACGGACAUAGGCGGCGCCCUUAA